AUGGCUCAAGACUGCCUAAUUUCUACAGAGAUUCCAAUGGCACUGAGUGGCGAAGCCAGCGCGGCCGUCGCUGUUGUCGGUGCAGGUUCUGAAGAUGUUGAUGGGUUGUACGUCCGCACAAGUCGGGUUUGGCAUGAUGCCCCAGUGUUCGAGAACGGCCAGAGGUGCAUGCUUUCCCGAGAGCCUCAUAAGAGCCAGAAAACAGGCAUGAGCUCUUAUGGGUGGAUUAUUGGUCAGGACAGAAAGCCCUUGUAUGCAGUUCAGUCGGACUCCUUAGUGCCACCAACAGUGGGUUGGAAGAAGUUCACCGGCCUCCUGCCAAUCCCACACAUUCAGAGCUCGGACUCCUUGGAGGAUGCCGCCGAAAUGUCGGCGUCUGCCCUGAAAGAGCAGGGAAACGCUCUUUUUGCCGCCCGUUCCUACAAGGAAGCUGCUGCCAAGUGGUCGCGAGCACUUGCUGCUGUGAGUGCCGCCGGCCCCAGCCUGUCAAGCACGCUCAUGCAACUUUCAGUCACACUCUAUGCCAACAGAGCAGAGUCGCAGCUUAGGCAGGAACACUGGGCUGACGCAUUGGAUGAUUGCCAGGCAGCCCUGAAGCACAAACCAACACAUGAGAAGGCAUUGCUGCGAGCAGCAGUGGCUUUGAAAAGCCUGCGGAGACACGGUGAAGCAAGGGAGAUGAUUCUGAGAUGCUUAGAGGUUGAUGCAAAAAACCAGGAGGCCAAAGGCCUGCUUCAUGGUUUGGACCUCGAAGACAAUGGUCAAAUUCCUGCCAGGGCCAAGGCAGCCAAAGCGGCCAAGGAGAAGCUGCGAGAGACGCUGAAGGGUGACACCGAUUUCAGUUCCAUCCCACGGGCUUUUGACACGAAGGAUGUGAACAACAAGAAGGGCUUUGCCGCGUUUGAGGGCUACGGCAAGCUCCGCGAGAAAGAGGAGCAGGUGCCCAUCUCUGAACUACCAUAUCACAAGAUGGGUCUGCCAGAUGCGCAAGUGGAGCUCAUGGAUACAUUCUUUAGAGAAAUUCGUGCAAGCAAAAAGCAGCAAGCAAUGCACCACAAGAGAGAAAUUACGAACUAUGAGCUUGUCAAGAACGAGUACCGUGAGCGUGUCUUGGAAGACCGGGCUCUCGGGCGCCAGGAUCCCAUCCAGUUGCAUGCUAAAGAGACGAAGGAGGUCAGAGACGCCGAUCCGCCAUUAUGCUUGGUCGUCAAAAAGAAGCCACAGGACCUCGUUGCUGACAGAGUGGGCUUGUCAGGUGCAGACAAGGCAGAAAUAGAUGCGCUGUUCAGCGGCUUUAAACCCAAGACUGUUUUGCCGUCUCCAGACCAACGAACAAGCCUUGAGAAACAGCUUGAUGCCGAGGAGGAGGCAGAAAGAAGAAAUCUAGAGAGGCAGGCAGAUGAGGAGUUGAAAACCUUGCAAGCCAGCCGAAAGGGGGAGCCGACUCGCUUUGAACAGGCAGGAGGCGAAGUAUAUUGCUGGUGGACUUUGCCAGCAGGUAUCAAGAGUAAGGACAUCGAAGUCCAAACGUCGAAGGGCGGAGCGCAGCUGCUGGUUCUGGUCAGAGGCAUUACCAUUUUUGACCGGCAGCUCUUCCACAACAUCCGAGGGGAUGACGUUCUUUGGUCUCUGGAUGCCGGAGAACUGUCUCUGACUUUGACGAAAGCGGCGCGGAACAAGCUUUGGGAUCAGCUCGGAACAGUUUGCGACAUUCAAGUUGAUGCUAGCGGCAAACCUAUUCCUUCAAGUAUUCCGGAGCCAAUGUCGGCCAGUGACAGGCUUCAGAAAUUUAAACAAAUGGUGGAAGGUGAUGACGGCCACCAGGCGCGGUAUGAAGAGCUGGGCGAUACUGGCAAGCAGCUUGUUGAUGCAAUGAGACGGUUUGAGCACGCCCGUGCGACUGGUGAUCAGAAUGCUUUAUCCUUAGCGGAGCACGAUUUGGAGGAGCUGGGCCGCGUCGUGAUUUAG